AUGUUUGGAGGCAUGGGCAUGGCCGAGUCCCCAGCUGCUACCGGCAGGACGCAACAUUUCCACAAGGUGUUCACCCACCAACACAUCGGGAAGCUAUCCCAGUCUGCGGCCUACUGGGCCUUCAUACCCGCCUUCGACCACACAGCGCAUUUGCCGGAACAGCGGCUCGUGACGGGUACCACACUGCUGGGUGGGCUCGAGCAGCUCUGCCCCUGCCGGCGUGCUUCUUCAGGGCAGCUGCCUCUCCUGCGGGAGGAGGCGUCUGCCGCGUACGGCCUCGUCCUCUUGGACGAGUACGGCAGCAUGAUGGCGACCUCGUACUACGAUUACAUUCCUACCCCACCCAUGUACGGCCGUAUGACGCCGCCGGGAACGGCCUGGUGGAUAAGCGGCGGCCCGGUCUCCGCCGCGGCCGCGUCCGCCAGCUCCCAGGUCAAAGUCGGUACCGUGUACGGCAGCAGCGGCGGCGGCGGCGGCGGACCUUCCGGCGGCAGCAGGACGGGGGCAGCCUCCCUGGAGCGGAGCCGGCAACGCGAACAGCAGGUCCGACAGCUUCAGUCCGCCGCCGGCAGUAGCUCAGCUUCGUCGCUGAUCUACAGGGGAUGCAGCGACGGCGACGGCGACGGCGGCGGCGGCGGCGGCGGCGGAGUUCCGAGUGAGGAGGGCCUGGAUGUCGCCGUACUAUUCCCAGGCUGGCAGGAAACGACCCAGCUGGAGAGCUUGGCGGCGGGGACGGAGGCAAAGGAAGUGGCGGCGGCGCCGCCGCCGUCGCCAGACCUGCCGGUGGCGGCGCUGGCGGCCGCCGCGGUGGAGGAGACUAAGCAGCGGUACUUACGCUACUUGACAGCCGGGGCUGCAGGAGGAUCAAGCGCCGUCGGGGAAGGGGGAACGCUGGCGGGUGGCGGCUCCAGUCUGGCGGUCAGCGUCAGCGAUGGUGCUUUGACCAGCCUCCUGGGCCCUGCGUCAGGCAGCAGCGCCAGCGGCGGCGGCGGUGGCGGCGGCGAGGUUGCGUGGCCGCAGCAUCAAGGACUUGUGGCCGCCGCCAUUUCCGCCAGCGCCGCCGGGGCGGUUUCCUUGUCCGACACUUUCACCUGCCUGGGUGGCGGAGCCGGCGCCAGCGGAAGCGGAAGCGGCGCCGAAGGUGCGCCGACAGCACUUUGCAUUCCGCCGUACAGCUUGUACGGCGAAGGAUGCACCUCGGCCGGAGCAGCUGUGAUAGGUGGCGGCAGCGACGGGGGCAGCAGCGGAAGGGGCGGGGUUGGGGCCGCUGUCCAGCGAGAGGCAGGCAUUGGCGGCGGCGGCGGCGGCGGUUGGGGCGGUGAGUGGGAGUGUGUACGGCGGUGUACGGCGCAUCAUGGCCGGGUGCUGAAUGUGCUCAGUGGAGCCGGGUCUUCGGAAUGA